GUGGGCUAAACACCUGACGUAUUGUUUGUUUGUUGUCUCCGACACGGACACCAGUACAUAUAGGUACGUACAAGACAAGUUUAUUGAAGUUUAGAUACCAGAAUGCAGUUUCCGGCUGAUCCAGAGUUACCCGACAAGACGCAGGGUCAUUCAAAGAACUGGGAAUAUGACCAACCUCAUGGUGGAGAACUGUUUGGUGUCUAACAUGACUGUCAAGUUUGGAAUGGAGAAAAGUUCCACUUCACAUCAAGCCAACCACAGACUAACGAUUGAUGGCAUCGACAGGGACGUGUUCAUUGUAAACUUCGAAAAAAUAUUCCGGUACCACUUCGAGAUCUAUAUCUACGGUUAUGCUUGGCCUUUGGUGGCUCUAGUUAUUGUUGUGCUGAACAGCAUAUUGUUGUAUAUAUUCGCCAAGAAACGCAUGAUGACUCGGAACGUGACGCACCUCAUUAUAGGGGCGAUAUGUCUCUUUGAUAUGCUAACACUCGUCCUACCGGGGCUUGCCUACGUGUACGUAUUUGGCUUCCUAGGAAUCGUGUCUUAUUUACCAUACAACUUGUGUUCUACAUGGUACUUCUUAACGGAGAUAUCCCCCACAGUAUGCCACAGCACCGCUAACCUACUGACCGUCACCCUGGCGUUCCAGCGCUGUCUCAGCAUCACCUACCCACUACAGGUAGGGCGCUGGUGUACGACUCGGAGGACAUUUGUUACCGUGAUUGGGUGCUUUGUAAUUUGCAUUGUGCCAGAAAUAGUUAACUCCUUCAUGGUUGGACAGAAGAAAGUGGACAUGCCUCUGAAGGAUAAUACCACCUUUGCUGCAUGCUCUGUGGAACCGGUGAAUAAUGACGUCGCGAUGGCAUACUUUCCGCAUGUAAUCGUAUGGCUUCUGGGGUUCAAGAUCAUUCCUUGUAUACUACUUAUAGUAUUUGGCGCCAUUAUGAUCCGACAGUUACGAAAGGCGACCAGAGCGAGAUGCUACCUACUUCAAGUCAAAAACGCAACAGCACACCAGCAUCACAGGGAGGCCAAACUCACCGUUAUGAUUAGCUGGGUGAUCGGGAUCUUCCUAGUGUUUGAAGUACCGGGGUCUAUUUUAGUGGCUUUGUACACAAUAUCAAUGGUGUUCCAUGUUAACAUUAUCUGCCGCCAAGACCUCGAGACGACGCUGUCCUUCAUGUACAUCCUGGUCAUUUUAACGUUUAUCUCAAACUUCGUCAUAUAUUGUGUUUGUUCUAGCGAAUUCAGAACAUACUUGAAACACAUGAUUCCAUUUUCUAGGAAUCAAAAAGACAAAGAAAUUAUACAUUCUAAAACUUCCAAUAUCUCUAUUGUUUCACUGACUUCAGAGAACGGGGACAUGCCAUCGACCUCCAGGGAUCCAGAUCACACAUCGGAUGUCGUGAAUGACACACAGGCACAUACACUAUCACAAAACGUUAGGCAUGAUGGCAAUACUGUAAAGACUACAUUCCUUCUAUAUACAGAGACACAGAAUGGUACCACAUGUGGUGACCUACAAGAUGGUGGCGCCACCACAAACGAGGGUAUAAACAAUAGCCAACGACAUACUAGAAAUGGUUCAAUGCAUCAAAUGUCAUCAUACUUAUAACAUCAUAUUGCUAAAAUGCCCCCGUGUUGAAAGUUAUACCGAAUCCGACGUGUCAUAUGCACAAAGACA